GGAGCACUUCGGAGACUCCGGAUUGCUCUGUGAGCAAUAUAGUAGUGUUAUGUAUAUAAGUGUGCUAACGACUUCCAUGAAGUUUUCAACGAGUUAAUAAAGCAGUCAUAUAUCUCCUCGUGUAUAUAUCAGUUCAUGUUCUUUGAUAGAUGUUGGAGUUUCCUCAUGCCACGAUCACGAUUUGUGUAAACUGCGAGUAUCGAUGCUUCGACCGCCGUUGAACCAAAUGUAUCAUAGUGAUCUAGUUUCGAGACACGUUUUUCAAAGAGCAGUUGCGGCGAAGUGAUCAAUAAUAUUCGUCUAUAACAAUCCUAUAUCAUAUCAGUGCAUGUUUCGAGGGUGAAAAAUGGCUAAUCGGGAUCCACCCAUCUCCUCCAAAACUGCGGACGAUCACAGUGUCGAGACAUUGGCAGAGGUUUUCCGAUGUUUCAUUUGUAUGGAAAAGUUGAGAGAUGCGCAUCUCUGCCCCCAUUGUAGCAAAUUGUGCUGUUACACUUGUAUCAGAAGAUGGCUUACUGAGCAACGUUCUCAAUGUCCUCAUUGUCGAGCAUCCCUUCAUUUACAUGAACUAGUGAAUUGCCGCUGGGUCGAAGAAGUGACUCAACAACUUGAUACAUUGCAAGCUAUUAGUAUAUCUAACUCUCGAUAUGAUGAUUCUAAUCGAGACAGAUGCGCGAUACAUCAAGAAAAGUUAUCAGUAUACUGCUGGACUUGCCGUAAGUGUAUCUGUCAUCAGUGUGCUCUGUGGGGUGGCACUCAUUCUGGACAUACCUUCAAACCAUUAGAAGAUGUUUACGAACAACAUGUUACUCAAAUAAAAACAGAAGUAGGCCAAUUAAAUAGGCGACUUAUGGAACUGAUUAGUCUUGUUCAAGAAGUAGAGAGAAAUGUUGAAUCAGUAAGAGCAGCAAAGGACGAAAGAGUUCGAGAAAUUAGAAACGCCAUAGAGUUGAUGAUAGCUCGCCUGGAUUCUCAAUUGAAAGCCAAACUGCUAACCCUGAUGGGUCAGAAAAAUUCAUUGACUUUAGAGACUGAGCAGCUAGAAGCAUUGUUGCAAGAAGUAGAGUAUCAGUUACAUACUUGCACACGUUCCGAAUUGAUCACCAAAAGCGCCGAACUCUCUCGCAAGAUACAUCAGAUUCGGAAAAAACCGAUGACAAGUUUUGUUACUGCACCAGUUCCUGCUGAUUUCCAUAGUGAAAUCGUGCCAGGCUAUGACAGUGCAACAUUUACUAUGCAAAAUUUUACUCAGCUUCAACUGAAGGCUGAUCCAGUAUAUUCUGCACCGCUACAUGUGAAUGGACUAUGUUGGCGAUUGAAGGUAUAUCCUGAUGGCAAUGGAGUUGUACGUGGAAAUUAUUUGUCAGUAUUUUUAGAACUGAGUGCUGGAUUGCCAGAAACUUCAAAGUAUGAAUAUAGGGUUGAAAUGAUUCAUCAAGGCUCUCGUGAUACAAGCAAAAACAUUGUUCGUGAGUUUGCAUCUGAUUUUGAGAUCGGUGAAUGUUGGGGAUACAAUAGAUUUUUCCGAUUAGAUUUACUCGCGACGGAAGGUUACUUAAAUACGGAACUUGAUACUCUUAAGUUAAGAUUUCAGGUACGACCACCGACAUUUUACCAACGUUGUAGAGACCAGCAAUGGUGCAUCAACCAAUUACUGACAGUGCAAAAUCAAUAUGCCACUCAAAUUAACGAAUUAAAAGAGAGAUUAGCGAUAGAAAUUUCCCGUAAUGCCGUGGCUGCUGUUAAAGCUACUAACGGAACUGGAAUUUACGGUUUACAUACAUCAUCUCCAGCAAUGCAACAACAGCAACAGCAAAAACGCAUCGCAGAAGAUUCAACGAUCAAUUCAAAUACUACACGAACAAUCGAAACGUAUCCUAAUAUGAAUGGAACAUCAGGAAGGUUGGUACCGACUGAACUUUCUGGUAAUAACAGUAAUCCGACAAUAUUAGGGGAUCAAUUGAUGCCGAUGUGCAAAAUAGGUGAGUCCUCAAGUACGUAUCCUUGCUGCAUGCCAAUGUCAAAAACGCUGCUAAAGAUGACGCAUUGCACCAACAAUAAUCGGAACUUUGUAGAAACCGACAGCAAUUUAUCGCGUCGUGUCAAUGAUAAAUUUAUGGAUUACCAAGCUGCAGAACCUCAUUCUAUUUCUUCGUUGUCGCCUUAUUCGUCAUCAAAUGUCGCCGCACUGUUUGGUCAGCAGUCGUCAAAUUUAUUGUCCAAUAAUAGUGCCAGUGAUCCUGUACUAUCUACCUCGACAUUAGCAUCAAUGACGGAUAAUGCGCAUGAAGUCUUAACGGGAAAUGAAACUGCACAACGUUGUAUCAAUGAUGCAUCGUUGGCAGAGUGUCAGGCCGUCGCUGAUUGUGUCCAUUCUCCAUCAUCAUUCUAUCUAUCUCCGGUGGUGAAUUUUUCGUCUAGCAGUAGCAGUAGUAGCGAUAAUGACGAAUUAAGUGAACAUGAUAUCUGUAUUGAUGAAUGUAGACAUAACGAGUCUAACAUCACACUUUUGGAUUUAACGAAUGAUGAGAAUGAUAUAGAUGAUGAAACAAUGUCAGGAGAAAAUGAUGUAGAAGUCGCAGAAUCUCUUGCAUCAUGGGUACAGAAUAAACAACAUGCAAAGCAACAAAAUAAUCAGAGUGCUGUUAAGGAUACAUGCAGAUUGAGGGAGGUAAUGCUGUUGCAAUUAUUUGAGAUGCAGGAUAGGAACUCUGCAUGGACUUCUUUGUGCCUUGACCAGCAAGCUGAAAAUUGUGUUUCUAGAAAGUCGCUCACGAAAUUGCAAUGUUAUAGUCCAAUUUCAUUGCACAGCAGCGAUAUCGAAGCACCUGCUGCAACUGCCGUACCGACAUAUUCGCACAAGCAUCAUAAGCUUGAUACUGCCUGCAAUAACUCGACUUCUAUCAAUAACGGUCAUUCUGAUUGUACUUUCCAUUGUUUCCAACAACAAGCGGUUUGCGAUACUAAAGUCAAAUUGAAUCAACUGUCAAGCGUUUGUCAAUCGGAGUUAUCCAUGACGAUGCCUUCCAGCAGUCAAGCAACCGAAUCUGAAACAAUGACGUAUUCCAAUUCAACAGAUUGCGAGAGGGAUGUUUCAAAACUGCCAAUUGUUAAUAAAAUUAGCCAUGAUACGAAGCCGUCUAAACUACGUCUAGAUUUAACAGUACCAAAUGUACUUCUGGGCAAUAAUAAAAUUGUGUCGAAGCAUUUGCUGUCUCAGCAUCAGCUUUCUGAUCAGAGUUCAUCCAUUAGUAAGAAUUUAAUAGACGAUAACACCAAGAUGUUCGAGUUUGAUCAAUUGCUUCAAGCUAUACAGUUGUCGGAAUCACACAAGGAUGCGGUUGUUUCCAGCACAAAAUUGAAGAAAAAUACUUCAUUAAAAAUGAAGAGUAAUACUUGUACUUCUGAUGGAAGUUCUAUUCCGUUCUUGUUGACACAAGAAAAUAUUUUGUCAUCACCUACAAAUACUAUGAUGAAAGAUACUACAAAAGAUACUAUUUUUAGUCCUACCAAUUACAGUUGGUCGCCAGCAUUAUAUCAACACACACCUAGACAAAAAGCUGUUCUAGAUACAGCUGUACAAAAUUCUUCGAAUGAUACUUCUAAUAAGACUAGUAUUGAUAAAUCUACAGACGAAGCUGUCAAGUCGCUGUAAUGAUAUAUGACUUAAGUAUGAUGGAUUUUCUGUGAUGUUUGUUUUUAUUAAAUAUUAUUUAAUAAUUUAUUGAUAUAAAUUGAAUUUCUCACACACAUAUAUAGAAAUAAUUACGAUAUUAAUAUAUCUUCAUAUUAUAUGCAUUUAACUUAUUUCUUCUAGAUCUUUUCCGAACUUAAUAAUAUCUUAGACUCAUUUUUUAUAUUAUCUCAUUAGUAUUAAGUAUUGUAAUAAUAUAACAUUAUUGUAUUAUCCAUAUAUUCUUCAUCAAUUGCGACCCAACUAGCCAAUAUAAUUUGGUUACCACUACAUUUCGACUGUCACUUUCAGUCCUUCUCAAGUCGAUAAAUACAUCAAAAUCGCUUUUGGAAGAAAAUAGGUAGACAAUAAUACUUGGUCAUGGACGGAUGAUUGCUGACGUGUCUGAAUAGUUUUUCCGUUUUAUUUUGUUAUAAUGAUCGUUUUCUGCCAAAAGCGAUUUUGAUGUAUUUAUCGACUUGAGAAGGACUGAAAGUGACAGUCGAAACGUAGUGGUAACCAAAUUAUAUUGGCCAGUUGGGUCGCAAUUGAUGAAGAAUAUAUGGAAUAUUUCACUCGCGCAAAGAGUUGAUUAUAUUAUUGUAUUAUGUGACUUAUAUUUACAACUACAAAUACAAAUUUAUUAUCUCUAAGAUUAUUUCAAAAAGAUAGGUUUAUAUUUUAAUAUUACUUAUUUUUCGUGUAUGCGUGCGUAUUACAUAUUCAAAUGACAAUAUGAAAUAAUAAAAAAUGAAAACUAAAUGUAA